AUGUCUUCUGUCGUCAGCCUGUACACAUAUCCUCAAGGUGUGAGCAAGUUCAGUAUGGCACCUGAUCUUCCCUCAGUUUUUGAAGAAAUCAGAUUCACUCUUGAGGAAGAAGAUACAUUUGCUUCUGUUUGGCCUCAGUGUGGUACCUCUGGUGAUCCCUGUGGCAUCUCUGAUAAACCGGAUUCAUGGUGGACAGGAUUGGGCGUCUUCAUACUAUCAGCAAUGGGAAGCAAUCCUGCGUUUAUAUACAUUACAGAAGUGGCCAGAUCAGACCUAAGAGGAGCUCUUCUGAGUAUGAUUAUUUUUUAUGCUGGUCUCGGGUUGUUACUCAUGUACAUAAUGGGUGCGUUGCUACACUGGCGUACUGUGGCCUGGGUAUCCUUAUCCUAUUGUGUGGUACCCAAUUUACUUAUGUGGCGAUGGGCUGUGGAGAGCCCCAUCUGGCUCUUGUCCAAGAACAGACUGGGGGAUGCUGAGAAGGCUGUAUCUUAUUUGCAGAGAAAUAACAAAGAGCCAGACUUUGUGGAGCAAUACAUAUAUGAGAUGACCCAAGAACUUGAUUUCAGACUGGAUCAAUCAGAGCAGCAAUCUUCAGCAAUUUGCAAGUUGUUUCAAGGCUUAGCAAAACCUACUGGUUAUAAACCUUUGAUCAUUUUGACCACAGUCUUUGCUUUACAACAGUAUUGUGGCACGUACAUAACUCUCUUCUAUGCUGUCUCAUUCGUUUCGGAAAUGGGAAGCAAUGUUGAUCCGUUUAUCGGUACCAUCGGAUUAGGAGUUGUGAGACUGGUGUUCUCACUAAUUACCGCUCUUUUGAUGGGUAAGUUUGGCCGAAGACCACUUUGUAUGGUGAGUGGCAUGGGAAUGGCUGUCUCCAUGUUUGCUUCAGGAUACUUCGCUAAGGAGGUGGCUGCAGGAAAUUUGGAGCCCUCUAUAUUACCUAUGGUGACGCUGUUGAUUUAUAUGACUCUAGGAGUCGUCGGUCUGCUAACCAUCCCUUGGACGAUGACAGCUGAGCUGUUCAGCCUUGACAUCCGUGGAAUGGCACAAGGCCUGUGCAUCUCCAUGGCCAACAUCCUCAUGUUCUCUGCCCUUAAGAUUUACCCAUUCCUCACAGACUUUUUGGGUGGGAUGUAUGCAGUGCACUGGUUCUUCGCAGUGUUCUCCUUAGUUACAGUUGUGUUUGUCUUCUUAUUCCUUCCUGAAACCCAUAAGAAGACACUGUCUGAAAUCCAAGAGUACUUUAGGUACAAUACUAUUUAUGUUUUGAGAAGAAAAGACGAUGAUUAAGAAUAGAGAUGGGAGUAUGGAUAAUGAUCUAAAAUAAUAAAUAACACAUAAUUGGUUGGAAAUAUUGAAUCGGUUAGUUUAUUACAGUGUAAGAGACGAUUUUUAUUAUUGUUUUCAGAGCUAAGAAUAGAUUUCCUAUUAUAAAAUAAGUAAAUUGUAUGCUACAAACAAUCUAAUUAGUUUUAUAUAAUUUCAUAUUAUAUAGAAUGGACAGAGUUUCUUAACUUAUGAGAACAAAAGUUAAAGCAGAGUAAAAGAACUUUCUAUCAAAACUGCAGACAUUUGUUUGCUACAAACUAAUUACAGUGGUGUCUUUUAUAAUGAUUAAUCAUUAAUCUGUGUAUAUUUUUAUUGACUGAUGUGUAUUUUCAUUUAGUUAUUAUCAGACAAAGAAAAAAUAUUAUCAGUAAU